CAAAGCGAUGAACUCGCGAAAGAUGAUCGUCUAAAACCUCAUUCGAUAUUUUAUUUUAAAGCUAAGUCCUUAAAAUUCAAAGCACCCUCAAAUAGUUACGUAAGAUGAUAAGAUGAUUAUUAUAUUCGUAUAAUUGAUAAGUAGACGAAAUUCAACUAUUCUGUCAACUAAUAAAUAUUGUACCACUUCUAUGUAUAGAACAAUUGAGAACGCCGACGAUAAUUUUUCUACAAUUUGCUCUUUCAAAUUAAUGAUGAUAAAGACAUUUUUUACAAGGAGAAAAUUGCGCUUCGUUCAAAUUCUCAUCAGCUUACAACGCACCCUGUGGUUUAGUUAAGGUAACAUUCGUUAAGAAUUUUUUUUUUUGUGAGAGAACGAGAACACAACGAAAGACGAUUUUCCAAUUCGCGGCCCGUGCGCGAUAUUCGUGAGUGAGCUUCUUCCUGUGUUUUGGCGAUUUUCAGAAUUUUUCGAAUCGAAAGGGAAGUGCAGUUAGCGCAGAGUGCAACUACCACUGAUUUUGGGCUAAAUGUGCGUGGACAGACGGUAGACUCGAGCGUUCGUUUCACGGAUAUUCGUUCGGAAAGAAAGAAGUGCGAACACUACUACAGUGUCAAGUUGAAGCAAAAGAGUUGUUUAAUUGAGUUCGAUUCCCGACACCGACGGAUCAUUUCUGGUAUAUUCGCUGUUGUGUGGCGUGAAGCCGCUGCCGAAAUCGAAGGGGUAAAGUGGGCCGUGCGUGAAUUUUUGCCAUGAAUUCGAAAGCAGAUGUAAAUAGGCGAGUGCUUGCAAUCCAGGCGAAAAAGAAACGUCACAAGCCCAAUAAGAAAAAAUGCAAGCCGAACGGGAUCACGACGAAUCAAGCAUCUGGGGCGGCUGCCAUAGUCCCAUCGCCAUCGGCAGGCCCCGUCAUAAGCGAUGAGGCGCCGCUGAGCCCAAAGGCCACCACGUCCGGAGCGAGGCAGCAGCAUCCGCCACCACCCUCGGCACCGUCAACCUCUUCGGAACGCAAUGACGUUGCGAAUGCCGAUUCCAUCCUGAACGCGUACAAUCAGCAAGGGACGGCCUCGUCGGCGACAAGCGCUACGCACAAUUCGAACACGAUGAAAAAAUUCAAUAAACCAGCUGACAUCCAUCCACCGAGAAGUUCCUCUAACGAGUCGGAAGACUCGCAGCUGAACAGCGAGGAGGAGGAACAGGAACUUAGGGAAGACUACUGCAAGGGAGGAUACCAUCCCGUCAACAUCGGUGAUCUCUUUCAAGGUCGCUAUCACGUUGUCCGCAAAUUAGGCUGGGGACAUUUUUCCACCGUAUGGCUGUGCUGGGAUUUAGAGGAUAAAAGAUAUGUUGCUAUAAAAAUCGUCAAAUCCGCGCCACACUUUGCUGAAACAGCCAAAGAUGAAAUAAAGAUUUUGAAAUCAGUACGUGACAGUGAUCCGUCGAAUCCACGACGAAAUAAAACUGUACAAUUGCUAAAUGAUUUUAAGAUAACCGGCGUGAACGGUACCCACAUUUGUAUGGUAUUCGAAGUAUUGGGUGAUAAUUUAUUAAAAUUAAUUCGUAAAUCUAGUUAUCGAGGAAUACCAAUAGUAAAUGUUAAAUCAAUAAUUCGACAAGUACUGGAAGGACUUGACUAUCUUCAUACGUGUUGUAAAAUAAUUCAUACCGAUAUUAAACCAGAGAAUGUACUGUUAUGUGUAGAUGAUCAAUACGUAAGGAGUUUGGCGAACGAGGCCACCGGAUUAUAUGUAAUGAAUUUUAAAAUGUUUCCAUCGUUUGUGAGCCGUGCUCCUAGGGAAUAUCGAGAGCCGGCUAUUACAAGCAAAAUGAGUAAGAAUAAGAAGAAAAAAUUGAAAAAGAAGGCUAAACGCCGCCUGGAACUGUUCAAAAAGCAGUGGGACUAUCUUGAGCAAAGUGGUGGCGAAGGUGCUUCGCAAACGAAAGGAGACCCGAAUUUGGAUGAUGUAAGCAGCAAUACGACUGCUGAGAAUAUGAAAAUCUCGGAAAACUGUGUGGAUGCUAUAGUGAACAAUGAAAGUAGUAACGGUGAGGCUAAAAGUAUUGUUAAUGGGGACAUCAGCGAUGAGUAUAAGGAAAAUGAUGAAGAUAUUCAUGAAAAACCGUCACAAGGCACUCAAAGAAGCUCUUCUGGCAAAGAUCUAGACCUGUUGAAAAUUGAUAAGGAGAACGGCAACAAAAAUCUAACGACUCUCAUGAACAUCCCAUCAUCAACUCUUGGUGAGGAGGAAAAUGAUGACAAUGUCGAUGAGAGAAAUGCAACGGGCAAUAGUUACGAAGGUGGCGAUACGCUUAAGAAUUGCAAAUCCGAUAAAGAUUCAGUUGAAAAUGAAUUAAUGUCGCCAAAUCACCAGCAAUCUGAGCAAUCUGAACAUUCGUAUAAAUCAACACCAAAACUCGAUCCGGCACUAGAAAUCUGUGAUGUGGAAGUUAAAAUAGCGGAUUUGGGCAAUGCAUGCUGGGUGUACAAACAUUUCACGGAAGAUAUACAAACACGACAAUAUCGAUCGUUGGAAGUGAUUCUAGGCGCUGGAUACGAUACUUCAGCAGAUAUCUGGAGCACCGCUUGCAUGGCAUUCGAACUCGCAACCGGCGAUUACUUAUUCGAGCCUCAUUCUGGCGAGAAUUAUUCCCGCGAUGAGGAUCAUAUUGCACAUAUUAUCGAGCUGCUCGGUCCAAUACCGAAACAUAUUAUAUUCCGCGGUGCAUACACACAAUUUACAUUUAAUAAAAAAGGAGAGUUGCGCAAUAUAACAGGGUUAAAACCGUGGGGUUUGGUUGACGUUCUGGUGGAGAAGUACGAAUGGACGCAGGAAGAUGCUGAGGCUUUUGCGGAUUUUCUCAAACCCAUGUUAGAAUUUGAUCCAAAAAAACGAGCAACAGCAGCUGAUUGUUUGAAUCAUCCUUGGUUGUUAGAUAAAUAAUAUUUAUAGUCAUACCGUUAGUAAAAUAUAUAUAAAAUAACAAACUACAUAAUAAAAACAAAAUUUAGUUAUACAAUAACAUGAAAAAUGAAAAUCCUCAAAACGAUGCAAAAUGUUCUUUCUUCAUCACACAUUGUUUUUAAUGUUUUUAUUUUUUGCUUUAUCGUUUACUCUUUCUAUAAGGAAUUAACUUAAACUGUCUGUCGUAAACAUCCACAAAAAAACACGUCGCUGUUUGAAACUAUUCUUUUUUUAUGGAUAUUAUUUUUAAUUUUGACUUAAGUGUCUCCUUUUUUAAUGGAAUAUCGAACUAUUUAGUCUUCAACCAUAAGACUUUAAAUAAUUGUUAAUUGAAGAUGCGAUGAGAUUAAUAGGAAGAAAAGAAACAAAAAACUAAAUUGUCUGCCCGAUUAUAAACUGAAAUAACAAAUAUAUAUACAAAUAAAACAUAAGGAUGAGGAAUUUAUUUCCUUUCCCUUUUAUAAAACGUUUAGUAGA